UUACGAAUUCAGCCAAGUCGAGGACGAACGACGACGUUCCCUUCGUCGGGCGAUCCCGCGCUUUCGAACCCACUCCGCAUAUUUUCAUUAUCUGGACUUAAUUAUUGGGGCUGCUAAUCACGGAAAAGGAAAGAAAAUAGUAAACAUAAUCUGAAAGCAACCCCAAUAAUUCAACAAUGUCCGGAUUCGCAGCGGCGGGUCUCGGGGCCCUGGGAACCAUCAAAGCGAGGGUGGAAGGGACCUUAGCAGGAUAUCGAGCAACAAGAAGACCCUCAGCCGGAUAUGAUGAAUUUGAAUUACCAAGAAAUCGAGGUAGCAAAGAUAAUAUGGGAUUUGAAGACGAAAAGGGAUACGAUGGACGCGCAUCCUUUGAUUCAUUGCCGGAGCCGGAGAGGCCACCCCUGCGUCACAUUGACAUGUAUAUUAAACCGGAGUGUCCAUGCUUGUCAACAAGAUUCACAGUUGCCGUGCUUGCUUGUGUAGGCUUCAUCAUUUCCUUCGGCAUGAGGGCCAACAUGGGGAUGGCUAAGUUGGCGAUAGCAAACGAAACAGACAGCAACGGCACGAGAAUACAUAAUUGGGGUGUGGGUACCGAGAGUGCCAUGGACUCCUCAUUCUUUCUGGGAUACCUUAUCACCCAAGUGCCAGGAGGAUUUUUGGCCUCCCUUUAUCCGGCCAACAAAGUAUUCGGUCUUGCUAUUGCAAUCUCCUCAUUCCUCAACCUUCUUGUACCAGGAGCGAUCAACACCGAUCCAUAUCUGGACAUGUUUGUUCAAGUAUUGAAAGGGCUUGUCGAGGGAGUAACUUAUCCCGCAUGUCACGGUAUCUGGAAGAACUGGGCACCACCCUUGGAAAGAUCGAGGUUAGCAACUCUGGCAUUCUGCGGGUCCUAUGCUGCGGUUGUCAUCGGAAUGCCCCUGUCUGGCUGUCUGAACUCGUGGUUCAACUGGUCCGUCUCAUUCUACGUCUAUGGUAUCGCAGGGCUGAUUUGGUAUACAGCAUGGUUGUGGCUUGUCUUCGAAAGGCCAUCGAAACAUCCCUCAAUCACAGCCCGUGAGCUACGGUACAUCGAGGACUCCCUAGGACAGGCUCACUCUCAAGCACCUCAGCCCACAUUCAACACGACUCCUUGGAAGAAAUUCUUCACCUCGAUGCCCGUCUACGCCAUUAUUGUUGCUAAUUUCUGCAGGUCAUGGAAUUUCUAUCUGCUCGUGCUGUACCAGGCUCGCUAUAUGAGCGAAUCCUUUGGAUUGUCCACUGUUGAAACUGGUAUGGUUGGCUCCAUACCCCAUCUCCUGAUGACGUGCAUCGUACCCCUGGGUGGAAUGCUGGCCGAUUAUCUCCGUAGAACGGGAAAAUUAACAACAACGCAAGUACGAAAGCUGUUCAACUGCGGUGGCUUCGGCACUGAGGCCUUCUUCUUCCUCAUCGUGGCCUAUGCCACGGUUCACAAGAAUCCAACUGGUGCGACAAUAGCCCUGACCUUCGGCGUUGCUGGCAGUGGCUUUGCCAUCUCCGGAUUCAAUGUCAAUCAUCUGGAUAUUGCACCGAGAUAUGCCAGUAUUCUCAUGGGAAUGUCCAAUGGCAUCGGCACCAUCGCCGGUCUCCUUGUUCCUGUUUUUGUUGAUCACAUGACGAAGAAUCAUUCAGCGGACGAGUGGACGGUGGUGUUCAUAAUUGCAGCAUGUGUUCAUGGAUGCGGUGUCACAUUUUACGCAAUAUUUUGCUCGGGUGAACUGCAAUCCUGGGCUGAUCCAUCCUUGGAGGAACAGAAAAGUUGGAAUCCACUGGACGAUUUGGGACAGGUAAAACCACCGGUUCCACCUCCUCCCAAAAUCAUGCAGUCCGAGUUCAUCAGACAGCCGUCAGGAGACAUAAAUGCCGGAUGGAAUGACGAUGUUCCCCAUCAAGGAACCACCUACGAUCAGCAGGAGAAAAUCGGCACGCAACCGGUGAUCAAUUAUGGAUCAACAGAGACAAAUGCGAGUAAUCCUUUUCGCUCAACGAAUCCCUUCGCGAGUGGCAUUAGCGAAACCCUUGUACAACCACCAGCUAGAGACGACUACACACACGAUAUUGUACAACAUACACAAUGGGAAUGAGAAGCCAACGACGAUAAGUAAAAAUGUUCAUUCUUGAGAUCGAUUGUUAUUCAACGAGAUUAGUAAGUUUAACCGUUCAUUCUAUUUCUCGGAUAAAUGGAUCUCAAGGUGAUCCAUUAUUAACUUUAAAACAAUUGCACAAAACAUAUUAAAUCGAACAUGGAAAAUAUA